UCAUGAACUCCAAUGUAGAGAAUCUGCCUCCCCACAUCAUCCGCCUAAUGUACAAGGAGGUGACAACACUGACGGCAGACCCACCUGAUGGCAUUAAAGUCUUCCCCAAUGAGGAGGACCUCACAUACUUGCAGGUUACCAUCGAGGGCCCCGAAGGGACUCCCUAUGCUGGAGGUCGGUUUCGAAUGAAGCUCCUAUUGGGGAAGGACUUCCCUGCCUCCCCACCCAAGGGUUACUUCCUGACUAAAAUCUUCCACCCAAAUGUGGGCCCCAAUGGCGAGAUCUGUGUCAAUGUGCUCAAGAGGGACUGGACAGCUGAGUUGGGCAUAGGACAUGUGCUGCUGACCAUCAAGUGCCUGCUGAUCCACCCUAACCCAGAGUCUGCACUCAAUGAGGAGACCGGCCGCCUGCUUUUGGAGAACUACGAAGAGUAUGCUGCCCCGGCCUGUCUGCUCACAGAAAUCCAUGGGGGUGCAUGUAGCACCAGCAGUGGGAGGACUGAGGCUACCCGGGACCUGGCCAGUGGGGCUUCAGUCUCCUCUGUUGACCCUAUGACCCCAGGGGUCCUAGGAGGAGCUGAGGGUCCCAAGGUCAAGAAACAUGCAGGUGAGCGAGAUAAGAAGCUGGCAGCCAAGAAAAAGUUGGACAAGAAGCGAGCACUGAGACGACUGUAG